AGGAAUGCAUUGCCACAGAGACAGACAUCGCUUGUGAACUCCCACUCAUGCUGUUUUCCCGAUGCUGGGAGCAGAGAUGCUGGGGUGAGGGUCUGCACGGUUCCCCACCCAGCAUCUUCAAAGUAAACGCUCUCCAGCCUCUGCUCGCUGGGGUUCCUUCUCCCUCUCCACUUCCCUCUCCUGCCCACCUCUCCUCUCAUCUCCCGCCCCCCAUCGCCGGCGUCCACGCCCCCUUUCCCCUCCCACCUCUCCGCCGGGGGCUCAGCUCGCCUCUAGCCUCCCCUCAGUCUCAGCCUCCAGCUCAGGGUGGUGCUGGCGGGAGUUGGCUGGGCAGCAGGCUCUGGCUGUCCCCAGGCUCGUGGCAGCGGCGCCUUGCCCUCCUGCCUCUCCAGCUUUAGUGACCGCCUCGGAGGCACUGUGAUCAAGCUGAGCAGCACCCCCCCCCCCGGCCCCAGGACCGAGGAAGCUUCGCAGGACAACAUAGAGAAACAAAAUGGAAGCUAUGCUAUUUUGGUGGAUAUUUUUCACCCUUGGGUGGACCCUCAUUGAUGGAUCUGAAAUGGAACAGGAUUUUAUGUGGCACUUGAGAAAAAUACCCCGGGUUGUUGAUGAAAGGACCUUCCAUCUCACGAGCCCCACCUUUGAGGCAGAUGCUAAGAUGGCAUUAAAUGGGGUGUGUGGCAUUGAAUGCCAGAAAGAACUCCCCAGCCCCAGCCUUUCUGACCUGGAAGACUCUCUUUCCUAUGAGACUGUCUUUGAGAAUGGCACCCGAACCCUGACCAGAGUCAAAGUUCAAGGUUGGGUCCCUGAGCCAACUCAAAAUCUCACCAACCAAGGUGUGCCUAUCAGGAGAAAGAGACAGGUGUAUGGCACAGACAGCAGGUUCAGCAUCUUGGACAAAAGAUUCUUGACCAAUUUCCCUUUCAACACAGCUGUGAAGCUGUCCACUGGCUGCAGUGGCGUGCUCAUCUCCCCCAAUCAUGUCCUAACCGCUGCCCACUGUGUCCACGACGGGAAGGACUACAUCAAAGGGACCAAAAAGCUGAGGGUAGGGCUGCUGAAGAUGAGAAAUAAAGGUGGUGGCAAGAAACGUCGUAGGGGUUCCAGGAGGAGCAGGAGGGAAGUGAGUGGUGAUGAUGGAGGGAAGGAAAGCAAAGAAAAUCUGAAGGAGAGCGCUAAGGCUGGAAGAAGGAGAAAUAAAUCUGCUCGGGGUCAGAGAACUGCUGCAGGGGAGCCCUCCUUCCAGUGGACCCGGGUCAAGCACACCCACAUUCCCAAAGGUUGGGUCAGAGGAGAGAGCGGAGACGCAGCCCUGGACUACGACUACGCCCUUCUGGAGCUGAAGCGCUCUCACAAGAAGAAAUACAUGGAGCUGGGAAUCAGUCCCACCAUCAAGAAGCUGCCCAGUGGAAUGAUCCACUUCUCGGGCUUCGAUCACGACAGGGCCGAUCAGUUAGUCUACCGGUUUUGCAGUGUGUCCGAUGAAUCCAGUGAUCUCCUCUAUCAAUACUGCGACGCCGAGUCAGGCUCCACCGGCUCCGGGGUUUAUCUGCGCCUGAAGGAGCCAGGCAAAAAGAGUUGGAAACGCAAAAUCAUUGCGGUCUAUUCAGGCCACCAGUGGGUGGAUGUGCAUGGCGUUGAGAAGGACUACAAUGUGGCAGUGCGCAUCACGCCGCUCAAGUACGCGCAGAUCUGCCUCUGGAUGCACGGGGACGAUGCCAAUUGUACCUAUGGCUAAGGGUUCCCUGAAUUGAGGCCAUAGGUUAUAGGCAUCGGAGAGAAAACCAGUUCUGAUGAUUGCAGCAAGAUCACUUCAUAGUUUAUGCCUAGACUCAAAGCCUAAGGAUAGUGUUUCAACAUGUUUAUGUUUACUUUUUCCAAAUGAGGAGCUUCUCAUGCAUUUCAGAAAGGUUUAGGUACACAUGAAACCUUGAUGGGCACUUCAGUGCCAAGCAUAUAUUCUCUUUCCUUGGUGAUACGUUUCAUUUAUGGGGGAAAGAAUUUUUUUCUGCCUUCUUGAAAUUAGACAUGCUUUAAAACUUCAAGCUGGUAUUAUUAAUAAGGUGUGAUUUCUCAAUAGACUGUCAGGGUCCUACUCUAAGUAGAGGCUAAUAAUAGGGUGCCGGUUGCAUAUUAAAUGUGAAACUGAAGAUGAAGAGGUGGACAGUAACACCAGUGGAAUCAAGUUUGAGACAGUAAUUUAUACCACAGUUCAUACUGCUCUGAGAUAGACCCAUUCAGCUCAUGCCCUCUGAGUUCACAGUGUGUUUUCCAUUGAGUCUGAGAAAUUUUAGGUUUGUUUUGUUAAGAACAACAAGGAAUUUGGGAAUUCCCUGGUGGCCUAACCAUUAAAGAUUCAACCUUGUCACUGGUGGGGCCGGGAUUGGAUUCCUAGCCUGGGAAGGUAUGCAUGCCAAAGGCAAGCCCCCCCCCCCCGCCCCCACCUCACUGCAACAAACUAACAAAAAAGAAUUACAAGGAAUAGCAAGUUUUAUAAAUGAAACUACUAUUUUACUGCUUUAAAAAACUAUCAAUUGAAGCAUUUUUAUGGGAGAAAUACUUUGUUCUAUGAAAUAAAUCUAGUUUAAAAAUAGGAAAGGUGAGACAUUUUAAGAUCUCAAGUUUUUAUUUAACUAGUAUUCAAAACAUGGAGUUUUCAAGUAUACAGAGAAGACUGUUUGAAAGUUAUAAAUGAUUACACCUUGAAAGCCACAUCAUUUUAUUCUACAUAGUCUCCUAUGAAUGAAGUGUUAUAGUUUUAGUUUUGUCAUUUCUUGGCAGUUUCUAGGGCAUAUAUUGUCUUCUCUCUGGACACACCCAAGUUCAUUGAUUCAGACUGAGUUCAAGUUUAUUCUACUUAUUAUUUACUUUGAUAAGGGGAACGUUUACCCUUGACUAGUAUACAAAAGAAUAUGUGAUUAGAUUAUGAUAAAAAUGAUUUUGUAAAUGGUGUUGAAAAUAGCUGAAAUUUAAUAUAAGCUAUAUUCUUUCAUGUGGAUCUGUUAAAAAUCAUUCAAUAAAAACUUAAAAAAUAAA